GAUUCUUACUUCGCUUCAACAAUCAUGGGCAGCUCGAGCAUGAAAUCUCUAAGGUAUUCCAAAUCUUGUUUUAGUGUGCGGUAUGAUCUGUUUCAAAAGAUGAAUAUUGUUUAGAUUUCAGGACGACAUUGAAACCGGUCCCAGCAAGUACAAUGGUGAGAUGCAUUGCAGCAAGAAGAAACUUUCGAGAGUAUUCUCCGAGGACUACCAAAUAGUGCAGAAGAUAUUUGAUCCACGAGGGACUUUUCUAAGCGCGUGGAACAAAUAUUUCUUAAUCUCAUGUCUCAUUUCCCUGUUUGUGGACCCUCUCUUCUUCUACUUGCCCAAUGUCGAGGAAGAAGCCUGCAUGCAAGCAUCCAUCCCCCUCGAGAUAGCCCUCACACUCACUCGUUGCAUCCUCGAUGCAUCUUAUGUCAUUCACAUUUUUGUCCGGUUUAGAACGGCCUACACUGCCCCUUCCUCUCGCAUAUUUGGGAGGGGAGAGCUGGUUAUCGACCCCUCAAAGAUUGCCUCAAGAUAUCUUCGUAAAGACUUUUGGUUUGAUUUACUCGCCGCUCUGCCUCUUCCACAGUUGUUGAUAUGGGUUGUGAUCCCAUGCCUGAGAGGCUCAAAUGUGAUCGGUGCAAAACAUGGGCUCCGCGUGACAAUCAUAGUUCAAUUUGUGUUGAGGCUAUAUCUUGUUUUCCCGCUGUCGUCUAAGAUCAUCACGACUGCUGGUGUGGUGGUGGAAGCAGCGUGGGCGGGUGCAGCUUUCAAUCUCAUGCUCUUUAUGCUGGCAAGCCAUGUGAUUGGUUCCCUUUGGUACCUGUUGUCGAUCGAGAGGCAAGAAAUGUGUUGGAAGAGCGUCUGCGAUGCUCAGCCCAAGUGUCACUACUUGUAUUUCGACUGCAAAACAGCCGGUGAUCCCGAGAGAAGAUGGUGGUUUGCAUCCAGCAAUAUUACUGUAAUGUGCGGCACAGGCACCCAAUUUUAUGAUUUCGGGAUCUAUGGCGACGCGCUGCUUCAUCGAGUUGCCAAGUCGAGCUUCCCUAACAAAUACUCCUACAGUUUUUGGUGGGGACUAAGAAAUCUAAGCUCUCUUGGACAGAAUCUACUCACAACUAGUUAUAUAGGAGAGAUAAAUUUUGCCAUAGCCAUUGCCAUUCUUGGACUGGUGCUCUUUGCAUUGCUCAUAGGCAAUAUGCAAGCAUACCUCCAAUCUUCAACCGCGCGGUUGGAAGAGUGGAGGGUUAGACGGAUCGACACUGAGAAAUGGAUGCAUCAUAGACAGCUCCCGCACGAGAUGAAGCAGAGGGUGCGCAGUUAUGACCUGUAUAGAUGGGUUACGACCCGAGGUGUCGAUGAGGAAGCUAUUCUCAAAGGCCUGCCUCCUGAUCUCCGCCGUGACAUCAAACACCACCUCUGCCUCGACCUUGUUCGCAGAGUUGCGCUGUUCGAGGAGGUGGACGAGCUGAGCCUGGACGCGAUAUGCGAGAGGCUCAAGCCUAUCCUGUGCACCCCAGGGACGUGCCUGGUCCGGGAGGGGGACCCGGUGGUGGAAAUGCUCUUCAUCCUCCGCGGGCGCCUUGACUCCUACACGACCAACGGGGGCAGGACCGGUUUUUUCAACUCGUGCCAAUUAGGAUCGGGAGAGUUUUGCGGGGAGGAGCUGCUGAGCUGGGGCCUUUGCAGGCAGCCGAACGUCCUCCUCCCAACGUCGACGCGGACGGUGAGGGCAAUGACAGAGGUGGAGGCGUUCGCGCUGGGGGCGGACGACGUGAAGUUCGUGACGUCUCAGUUCAGGAAGCUGCACAACAAGCAGUUGAAGCAUAAGUUUAGGUUCCACUCGCAGCAGUGGAGGACGUGGGGCGCGUGCUUCAUCCAGGCGGCCUGGUUUAGGUAUAAGAGGAGGAAGGGGGCCGAGGCGCUCAAGGCCAGGGAGAGCUCGUUGCAGCCCGAAUUGGCGGUUUAUGCUUCAUCCGUUCGGAGCUUGAGGAACGCCUCGCAGAUGGAGAUCAUUACUGCUUUGAUGGACAAGCCUGCUGACCCUGAUUUUUCCAACGAUGAUGCUCAAUCACAAACUUAGUACUAAAAAUUACAUGUAAAUGUCCAUGUUCAAACUCAAAAUGGUUAGGGAAGAUUGUGUCACAUUAGUAUUCACAUAUCAAAUGAAAAUUGCAAUG